AUGAUGAUAAAAGUUGGAAAAAAUGUAACCAAAGUUAAACAUUUGACAUAUUUUGAACUCAUCUGUCUAGGAUGUGUGAUUUAAAUUGAAAUGAAUUCAUGGUUUACUAUAAUAAAUGAACUACUGCACAAUGCAGUUCCUGAUCUGUCCUCUUGGGCACACUUACCUGUGUCCAGUGCUUCUCUGAUUAGCCUCAUUCAUCUCACCUGGUGCCCUUGGUACAUAUAUUCCUUUCUCUCUCACUGUGUGUUUGUUGGGUCGUAGUUGUCGCUGGUCCCUGUUGAACACCAGUUUUGGUGAGGGUUGGUGCUAGGACUCAGUUUGUUUCUUCAGGAUCAGAUCCAUGUAGGCUCCCGUUACCAGACUAUCCUGGGACACGUCCAACUGGUGCAUCAGAUCCUCAGCCACCUGUGCAAACAAAUAAGGCUAAAGCAACGACUAGGCAGCACCAACAGUAAAAUAGACACACGGACACUGUGGUGUGUGUCUGUGUGUGUGGGAGAGAGAGAGAGAGAGAGAUAAAGAGAGAGAGUUGCCUGGCAUCACUGGGCAGCACUAAGUGCGACAGCAUUAGUGGGAGAGACAGACCGACACACCGAGUGAGAGGAGAGCAUUUGUUGACUUCAUUUGGCAGAAAACAUGAGGAAACAACCAGAAGAAAAAGAACCCUGACGAAAAUAACAUCCGCCAGGAAACCAGCUGGGCUGUUGUCAGAAUGACCGUCACCUAUUCCAGCAAAGUUGCCAACGCCUCCUUCUUCAGUUUUCACCGCUUGCUGCUGCGCUGGAAAGGGAGCAUUUACAAGCUGCUGUAUCGAGAGUUCGCCCUGUUCGUCGUGCUCUACACCCUCCUCAGCGUUAUUUACAGGUUUGCCCUCUCUGACCAGCAGAAAAUACUCUUCGAGAAACUUUCACGUUACUGUGACAAAUAUGCCGAGCAGAUCCCGGUCACCUUCGUCUUGGGUUUCUACGUCACCCUGGUGGUGAAUCGAUGGUGGAACCAGUUCGUGAACCUGCCAUGGUUGGAUCGACUCAUGUUCCUCAUCUCCAGCUGUGUUCAUGGUAAAGAUGAAUACGGGCGUCUGCUGCGCAGGACCUUGGUGCGUUAUGUUAACCUGACGUCGCUGCUUAUCUUCCGCUCUGUCAGCACCGCUGUCUGCAAACGAUUUCCCACCAUGGACCAUGUGGUGGAGGCAGGAUUCAUGACUCCAGAAGAGAGGAAGAUGUUUGACAACAUCCGUUCUCCUCACCUGAAGUACUGGAUUCCCGUGGUGUGGUUUUCCAACCUUGCAUCUAAGGCUCGACAGGAGGGACGCAUCCAAGACAGCAUUGACCUGCAGACCAUUCUCAAUGAGAUGAACGUGUUCAGGACCUGGUGUGCAACUCUGUUCGGCUACGACUGGGUCGGUGUGCCGCUGGUCUACACACAGGUUGUCACUCUCGCUGUCUACACUUUUUUCUUUGCUUCUCUGAUUGGUCGACAGUUUCUUGACCCAGCGCGUAGUCAAAACAGCCCCGAGUUGGAUCUCUACGUUCCCGUCUUCACCCUGCUCCAGUUUUUCUUCUAUGCUGGCUGGCUCAAGGUGGCAGAGCAGCUGAUCAACCCGUUUGGAGAGGAUGAUGAUGACUUUGAAGCUAACUGGAUCAUAGAUAGGAACCUACAGGUGUCGCUGUUGGCUGUGGAUGAGAUGCACAUGAACCUGCCUCCGUUGAAUAAAGACAUGUACUGGAACGACUGUGACGCUCGUCCACCCUACACCCUGGCUGCUGCUGACUACUGCAUCCCCUCCUUCCUCGGCUCCACCAGUGACAUGGGACUCUCAGACAUUCUGCAGUUGGAAGAGGCUGACAUUCACGACAGUUGUCCGCAGCAAGACCAGUCUACGCUAGGUCAACGCCAAGAGUCGGUUUUUGGCCGAGUUAGACGUCUUCUCAGUGUUCAAGAACCCCCUGACCUUCGUCCUCCACGACCUGUCUUUAAACGGCACAGCAGUGAUGCAACGGGUAGCUUCUUCUCAGAUGUUAGGGUGAAUUCAGGACCAGGAGCUCCCUCCUCUUUUAUCAUCCCUUCUCCUACCAUCGAUACCUUAUCCACCUUGAGGGAGGUCAGCAGCAACCCACCGUCCCCUGAACAGUCACCCUUUGAUGUUUUCCCCCAGGUUGUUGUUAGCCCACCUUUGUUUAGUGACGCCUGUCACAAAGGGCCCUUUUUUGACAGCGAUGGACUAUCCAAGCCUUACAAUGGACUGGGACAUUCUCCCAUUACUGAGAAAAUUCCGGGAUUGAAGACUCCAAGAAGUAACUCUUCAGUUUGCUGCUCCCCAACUCAAUUAGGACCAAAGAAAUUCCGCUGGACAACAUUUGGCACCAACAAGUAUCCGCCAUUUAAACCACGGCGGCGCCAGUUCUCUCUUCAGUUUUCCAGGCAGGUGUCAAAGGUGUCGGUAUGCAGCCUACCCAGCCCCAAGGGGCUUGGGAGGCGUAAACUAGGACUGGCUCGUUUCAAAUCCAAACCAUCUCCGGGUCAAACGACUGACACGCUGCAGCUUCCUGACCUUGAGUAUGAACACAGUUUCCAUGGCACGGCAGAGACCGAGGACGCUGAGAGGAGAGUCAACGGCAAAAACGAAGAGAGCCCAAACAUCAACAACAAUUCCUAGUUUUUGAGGCUUAAAUAGUAGUCGGUCACAUUAAAACAAUAUAUGACUAAACUGAAAUUAAAAAAAACAAACUUUUAUUGCGAAGUCUGGAUCAAUACCAAGACACUAAAAAUGGAUUAGCGACUUUGGGCUACUAUCUGAUUAAAUGUAUUUCUAGGACAGGAAGCUAUAAAAAAAAAAUAAUGACGGUACAUUAAAUGAAGAAGUCCAAAACACCACAGUAAUGGCUCCAGUCUGUAUGUUUCAGGACUGAAGUGUUGUAAUGUAACCUUAUUGUAUGGAGAGGCAUUGAUGGAUAAAUAGGUUUAUACUGUUAUAUUUACUAUCUUUUGUCUGUACUUAGGGUAUUUAUAAGGCCAAUUAUUUUCAGUGGUAGUACACAAUGUGUACUGCUGUUCUGUAGGACUCAAAAAAGAGUAGUUUUUUUAAACAGUUUUCAAAACUACUACUACAGUUUUCCAACUAGGACUUACACAAAAGUUUAUCAUUCUAAUAACAUUAUAAAGACUGAAUUCAACGUGUCAUAAUUCAAAUCACAGACAAUGAUGCACAGCUGACACUUUAUAUACAACAAUGGGGAAAAAAAUGUUUUCCUUGCUGCACAACCAGUUAAAAAACAAACAAAAAUUGGAUUUAUUUUAUGGAUCGGUUUUGUGCUUAGAACUUGAGAAAUAAAGGUUUACCAUUCUUUUCUAACUUUGCAUUUAUCUGAUUUGUACUACUAAUACUACUCUCUCGCUUUCACUCUCUCUCUCACUCACUGAAAGUUAAUGUUAUAACCCACCAUGUUAAAAAAAAGUGGUUUAAAGUUUUUAAAAAGUGUCUCUUUAGAUAUACUGUUGACAUACCCAGCCGGUAACAUUCAUUCUUUCACUUUGUGACGAUAAGCUUUUGUAUCAAGUUCCAU